CUGAAGCGACUUUUCAGAACCGCUACAGUGCUUGAUCGUAUUGCUGCUUUCGCUGAUCGCGAGAAGUCCCAUGUCACUGUUGGACGCACACAUUACCAAACCGCUUCUCUAGUCACGAUUGGUAAAAGAGCUGCUUUAUGGGCACAGGAACUGCUUAUGGCUUUCAAGCAGCUCGAGCACUUCCAUAACAACAUGAAAUUCCGUGGAAUUAAGGGAGCCACAGGCACUCAAGAUUCUUUUCUAACACUUUUUGGUGGGGACGAGGAAAAGGUCGAAGCUCUUGACGAGAUGAUCACAGAAAAAGCAGGUUUUGCUCACAAGUUCUUCAUCUCUGGGCAGACUUACUCAAGGCAGCAGGAUGUUUAUUUAAUCUUUGCUCUAUCUGCCAUCGGUUCAUCCGUGAAGAAGAUUUGUACUGAUAUCAGAGUGCUGCAGGCUAUGGGAGAGCUUUUAGAACCAUUUGAAAAGGAUCAAAUCGGCUCUUCUGCUAUGCCUUAUAAGAAGAAUCCAAUGAAAAGCGAACGUUGCUGUUCUUUAGCGCGGAAGCUCAUCCAUAUGCCACAGGAAGCGCUAAGCAUACUGAGUGACCAAGGUUUGGAGCGCACUUUGGAUGACUCUGCUGGCCGUCGAAUGCUGUUGCCAGAUGCUUUGCUUACAGCUGAAGCAGUACUGACUACUUUGCAGAAUGUUUUCGAAGGUCUCACCGUGCAAACGGAAAACGUGGCUCGUGUAGUCCGAGAGGAGCUACCUUUUCUCGGACUCGAGAAAGCGAUGAUGUGGUUGACCGAAGAAGGUGUUGACAGACAACAGGUAAUUUAG